UUAACGUAAAUGGGUCAUGAAAAUGCAAGCCAAUCUCCCCUCUCCAGCCCAGUUAGCCCUUGCCCUGGCGAUAGUCAAGCAAAAGCCAACCCAUCUGGAUGUCAAGGAGUACAUCCUCCAGAUCCGUCAGCAAAUCAAGAGCACGGCAGAAGCUGGCGGAAUAUACACUCAGAAGAAAUACUUCGAUAGCGUGUCCUUCUGGCAGCAGGCGUACGAGCGAUCCGAAGCCGAACAGACCAAGCUUCUCGACUGUAUCUACGACUUGGAGCGUCGGAAUGACGCUCUCCUGGCUAAAGCGCAGGGACAGGACACGGCCGAUGUAGAGAAAGUCGCAGGCUCGAUGAAGAGGAAAGGUGGUGCUGGGGAUAAGAACGGCAGUGGUGGACAGAUGGCAAGGAAGAAAACGAAGACCCAGGGGCGUCUUACUCAGGUCGUCACCGUGCCAACCUUGCCCGAUCUAUGUAGAAAGGAGCUCGAGUAUCAGGAAGAAGCUAUGGGCCCGUUCAUGCGACAGCUGUGCGCCCUGCAGAGGUUAUUGAUUAAACGUCCUACUCGUUUGGAUGUAAUUCACGCUGUGGUGGGAUUUUGCAAUGCGGCAGAAAGUGCUGUUAUGGACGCAGUGCAGGAACCUGUUGCGGUGGCUCGUCCGGCCAAGAAGAAGGGUAUACUCCAGACGAAACCACCAGAUGCUCUUGACACAUUGCGGACGAUGGAGAACGCAUUUGGCAUCUUGCCACAGGCAUUGAAAAAGAUAACUAGCUCUGAGAAAAUGGCACGAGACUCAGGGCAGGUACCGUAUGUCCUGGUGGAACUCUACGAAACCAUCAUGGGUGCGCUGGAACGUCGCUGCAGAGCGAAAGCGGAGAGCUUCAUGACGCAAACCAAGACCAAGGCCAAAUCCUCAAAACGAAGCCAAAAAAAGUCUGGGCCAAAAGUAUCUCCUGCCACCCACGGUUAUGGCGCCCUCAGUGCAAAUAUGGAAGACGACAUCGUUGCACGUUUUUCCUGCCUGCUUCACACGAUGGCCCUGGCGCUCGAGCUUCCGGGACAGGAGCACCAAAGCAUUCUCGAGGGAUUUCUGUUCGUCUUGCUCAAUCGAGUCGGGAAAGUUCUCAGUCUCUUCGUUUUUCAGGAUCUACAGCUGCGUCCUGAUCUCCGGAUCGAUUCGUCUAAACUCGCGCUUCCUAGGGGCCUGGAGAUGGUUAAUGAAAUGACAAUAUGCGCAGCCCAGAUGGAGGCAAGACAGCUAAUUUGGGUUUUGGAGAGACUGUUAGCCCUGUUGAACGAUUGCCCGGCAACUGUAACUUCAAAAAUGAAGGAGAGAUUGCAGGGUACUCUUCUUCAAGGGGUGUUUGGCAUCAACUCCGAAUGGCCGAGCCCACUGCAGCGCCCUGUUCGACCGGGUGGUGACGAACACAACACUCUAACGGCUCACUGUCGGGACUCUGAUCAACCCGUCCCGGAGUGGUUCAUCCAGGAGGUAUGGAGACUUCUAGGAUGGGGGAUAUUGACGAACAGUCGACCCAAAAACGAGGAAUUAAGCGCCGAGUAGUAAGACUGACUACUUCCCCAGACGUUGACCG